CCCAUCGUUAUAGUAGGUGCAGCACUAUUAAUCCCAAACACAGCUGAGGGAAACAACUGCUAGAGACCAAUAUCAAUGAUUUAAUACACCCAUACAACACUGAGGAACUACACUGAGAGAAGAUCACUACUUCUUGCACAGAAUUCUAUAUUUUUUUUGUUUGUUUUUGUUUUUUUGUUUAUGUAUAGACAAACAUAACCAGAGUAUUAUUUUUUUUUAUUUAACUUUAUAUAUUAAUAUAUGUAUAUACCGGUAUUUGAUUUAAAAUAUCAGUAUAUGAUUAGAAUACAGCUUGUGAAUUUUAACUUUGGAAAAAAUUGCUUCUGAAAACCUGUUUUGUCAUUAAUUAAGAAACACGACUGUCAAAACGUUUUUCUUCUUCCUAAAAAGUUUAUAUCGGUCGUCUGCAAUAUAUAUAUUUUUAUUUGCUCCAAAGUAGUGUCAGACAUCACAGAAUAAGAAGACCUAAGGAUUGCGUGUCUCCACCAGACAUUAGGGACCAUGAAGCUUCUUCAGUCUGCUUUCUUGUUUGUCUUCCUCCAAUUCGGAUCCCUGGAGGGGAGAAAGGCUUGGAGAAGCGGCCGGGGUAACCCCCAGCCCCGCAGGGCGCAGCAGUCUCCCCCCACCCGGGACAGAGCCGAGGCGGGCGUGGAGGAGAGUUUCUCGUUGGAUUUCACAGCAGUGGGGGAAGGGAACAUGGACGAUUUCAUGGAACAGAUCAAAAACCUGGCCCAGUCCUUGUACCCGUGCUCAUCGCCGAACAUAAAGCACGAAAUGAGGAUCCAUUCCUUGGAGAACACAUCGGUAGUGUGCAACGACGGGACACCAGCGGGGUAUUACCUGAAAGAAUCGAAAGGGAGCAGAAGGUGGCUAAUAUUCCUUGAAGGUGGUUGGUACUGCUUCAAUAAAGAGAACUGCGACACCCGAUAUGAUACCAUGAGGAGGCUCAUGAGCUCAACCGGAUGGCCUAAAACCAAAAUAGGAACUGGAAUCCUAUCUUCGCACCCUGAAGAGAACCCUCACUGGUGGAACGCUAAUACGGUAUUCAUUCCCUACUGCUCCAGCGACGUUUGGAGUGGAGCAUCUGCGAAAUCCGACAAAAGUGACUACGCCUUCAUGGGAUCGCUCAUUAUUAAGGAGGUGGUGAAGGAGCUGCUCACCAAGGGCCUUGAUAACGCCAAGGUUCUCCUGCUGGCUGGUAGCAGUGCUGGCGGGACAGGAGUUCUGCUAAACGUGGACCGCGUGGCUGAACAGCUGCAGGAGAUGGGACACAAAGGGAUCCAGGUUCGAGGGCUGUCCGACUCCGGCUGGUUCCUCGACAACAAGCAGUAUAGAAGGACUGACUGCUUAGACACCAUCAGCUGUGCUCCGACUGAGGCUAUCAAGAUAGGAAUCAAGUACUGGAGUGGCGUGGUGCCUGAACGCUGCAAGCAACAAUUCAGGGAAGGAGAGGAAUGGAACUGCUUCUUCGGCUAUAAAGUCUACCCAGCUUUACAAAGUCCAGUGUUUGUGGUUCAGUGGCUAUUUGAUGAAGCUCAGCUGACGCUUGAUAACAUCCACCUGACAGGGCAGCCAGUGCAGGAGGGGCAGUGGCUGUACAUCCAGAACCUGGGCAGGGAGCUGAGGAACACGCUCAAGGAUGUACCGGCAAUGUUUGCUCCAGCCUGCUUAUCACACGAAGCAAUCACGAGAAGUUACUGGAUGGAUAUCCAAGUGAAGGGUACCUCGUUGCCGCGGGCGCUGCACUGCUGGGACCGCAGUCUCCAUGACAACAACAAGAACAAGAACCCGCCCAAGGGCUGCCCGGUCCACCUGAUCGACAGCUGCCCCUGGCCGCACUGCAACCCCACCUGCCCCACCAUCCGGGACCAGUUCACCGGCCAGGAGAUGAACGUCAUCCAGUUCCUGAUGCACAUGGGCUUCGACGUGCAGAAGAUGGCACAGCAACAGGGCGUGGAGCCCAGCAAACUCUUGGGAAUGCUGAGCAGCGGCAGCUAAACGGAGAAACACACAGCCCCCUACAGACAUGCAGGGCUCACAUCCAGAGACCAGGGAGGCUGGGGAGCACCCCCUCCCACCCCCCACCCUCCUUCCCCAGAUCGCCAAUAUCAGACAUCCCCUCUUCCACAGCAUCGAGAGAAUCAAACAGAAUCGGAUUCAAAGAAAGGCACACCCUGUGCUUUUUUUCUCUCUGUUUUGUUUUUAAAAGAUUUCAGUGACGUCCCGUUUUAAGGAUACUCAUUGGUUUGUUACAUGAAAAACAAAUCAGCAAAAGCGACAGCAGUGGACUUGAGUCACAUCCUUCGGACCUCAGUUUUUUUUAUUUUUUGUAAUUAAAGACACAGAAGCACGGUGGGAAAAAGCACUGGAUCACCCAAUCUCUCGCUCCCUCUCUCUCUCUCUCUCUCUCUCUCGCUCCCUCUCUCUCUCUCUCUCUCUCUCUCUCUCUCUCUCUCUCUCUCUCUACAGGAGAUCUGUCACAGUGGACUUAAAAGAAAAAGAAAAAAUUGUUGCAUUAUUAAUUUCUUUUAUAAAAAAUGACUUCUACUUCAUAACAAGCAGAAACAAAAAAAGUUUAUUUCUAAUUGUAUUUUUUUUUUUUCGUUCUGUAACAUAUUUUUUUUAACAGAAAAAAAGAAACUCAAGCUACUUUUGGUUAUUUUCCAUAUUUAUUUUAUUAUGUAAAUCGUAUUUAUAAGUGCUAUACAGGCAGAGAAGUGAUUCUUUGUAAAUUGUAAAUAUUUUGUUUUGUUUUGGUCGCAUGUCUUUGUAAUGGAUCUAAAGAAAGGGCAACAUUAAUAUUAUGGCAAAAAAAGAA